AUGGACGAAGCAAGCCCAGGAUCAGAUCCACGAUCGAAUGUAGGGCUGGCAGAGCAAGAGGAUACAUCACCACCGCCACCCGCUCAUUCGGCGCUCCCCGACAACGUUGCUAUCCCCGAGUCUCCGUCCUUUGGGUCAUUCAAGGCAAGCAGCCCCAGGCAGUCACGGAAUUCUUCCUUCUCAGGAAGCAACUCGUACCAUGACGAUUGGGAUCCCUUGCCACCACUGGACCGGCUCACUGUGCUCGACCUUCUCGACAACCUCGCCAUCCCGCAACAACUCGAGAAGCUCCAGAAGGGCAUAUCGGCCCAGACCAAGAAGGUCCGCAAGUCCAGAGAUGUCCUUAAGUCCAAAACUCAGCUUGCCCGCGAUCGUAUGGUGGAGGAAUGGCGUCGCCGCGUGCCCACGGCGGACGAGCAGUUAGAUCGCUACCGCAAACGAAUGCGUCAACGCGUUAGCAACCUUACCACCCAGUGGAACGAUACAAAGGCAGUCAGCUUGCGCGAGAAAAUAUCCUUCAUCUGUGGCGUCAUGAACAUCUUCAUAAGCGGAUACCUCAUUGGCGGCUUUCCCCAGUACUUCCACCUGUGGUAUACUGCCCAGCUCGUCUACUUCAUGCCCGUCCGCUUCCUCAUCUACCACCAUCGCGGUUACCACUACUUUCUUGCCGACCUUUGCUAUUUUGUCAAUGCACUGCUGACCCUGAGCAUCUGGGUCUUCCCAAGUUCCAAGCGCCUCUUCACAGCUGCCUAUUGUCUUGCAUUUGGAAAUAAUGCCGUGGCGAUAAUCAUGUGGCGCAACUCUCUGGUCUUCCACAGCUUCGACAAGGUCACCUCCCUCUUCAUCCACAUCAUGCCAUGUGCCACGCUCCACUGCAUCGUCCAUCUCCUCACUCCGGAGCAGCAGAGGGGACGAUUUCCAGCCAUCUGGACAAUAAAGAACUCGCCCCCUAAUUCCCCGACGGCGUAUGCCAAUGUCGCGUCCAUGCUGGCCUGGAGCACUAUUCCCUAUGCCUUGUGGCAGCUUAGCUACUACAUCUUCAUCACCGUCCGCCGUCGAGAGAAGAUUGCUGCAGGCCGACCCACGUCCUUUACUUGGUUGCGCCGUUCUUACUCCAGAACCUGGAUCGGGAGGGCUGUCCUGGCUCUUCCAGGCAGCUUGCAGGAGCCGGCUUUCAUGAUGAUCCAGUACAGCUACGCCGUGCUAACUAUGCUGCCAUGUCCUCUGUGGUUCAUUAGCCGAUAUGCCUCUGCUGCAUUUCUUCUCGCCGUCUUCGCGUGGAGCAUAUACAACGGCUCGACGUACUACAUCGAUGUUUUUGGCAAACGCUUUCAGAAGGAGCUCGAGGCCAUGAAGGCUGAGGUUCUACAUUGGCAAAGCACUCCGGAGCAUAUGCUGCAGUCUCCCAUCAUGACACCAUGUCCAGACGGGCCGUCAGUCAACAACGUUGUCACAUCCAAUGCUGUGCGGAUCAUCGAUGUGGGCUUCGGUGGGGAACCCAUAACCGACCAUCAUUGUGAUACCGACAGUCUUCGAAACAAGUGCUUGGAUAACGACAAUCUUAUCGACAGAGCAAUGGCCGCUACGUCAACUGGAGUUGAUUGUGGAGAGGAAGCCGCCUCGCGAGAACGGAAAGCCGGCAAAUAA